UGGAGAUGGCAUCUUUGCGACCAGCCUUUCAAUGCUGAUUGUAACGACUUCCAGACUUUGCAUAAAGGGGAAAGCGAGGGCUCAGUUUCUGCUGUCGCGAGGGGAAGAGGAAAGAAAAACAAUUUCCCAUUCAAUUGGACUUGGACUUAAUCGGAAAGGGCAGGUCAUGUUCUUUCCAGACACGGGUUAAGUAGAAGGCCGUCCAAGCUGUCGAUGAAAGAUUGUGUGAGGACCACGGUGUAGUAUCCACUGGAGUCUCUGGAUAUAACUCUGCUUUGUGUGUGUGUCUCUCUCUCUUUUCCUGGGUUGUUGAAAGUGUGGAAGAAGCAGGACAUAAAUACAGACUUCCACAAUGGAUAUUGGGAAAACGAGCGUCAGCAUCAAUAAGGCUAUUAACGCACAGGAAGUUGCUGUGAAGGAAAAACAUGCCAGAACAUGCAUUCUGGGUACACAUCAUGAAAAGGGUGCCCACACCUUCUGGUCAGUAGUGAACCGGUUGCCACUGUCCAGCAACGCAGUCCUUUGUUGGAAAUUUUGUCAUGUAUUUCACAAGCUGCUUCGAGAUGGACAUCCAAGUGUUCUUCAGGACUCCAUACGAUACAAGAAUGAGCUGAGUGACAUGAGCAGAAUGUGGGGUCAUUUAAGUGAAGGUUAUGGGAGACUGAGCUGCAUCUACCUCAAGCUACUGAUAACAAAGAUGGAAUUCCACAGUAAAAAUCCCAGAUUCCCAGGUAAUCUUCAGAUGACAGACAGACAACUAGAGGAAACAGGAGAAAAUGAUGUAAAUAACUUUUUUCAGUUGACAGUGGAAAUGUUCGAUUAUCUGGAGUGCGAGCUCAAUCUUUUUCAGGCAGUGUUUAGUUCUCUGGACAUGUCAAGAUCCGUCUCUGUAACAGCAGCUGGCCAGUGUCGAUUGGCACCUCUAAUUCAGGUUAUUCUUGACAGCAGCCACCUCUACGAUUACACAGUUAAACUUCUCUUCAAGUUACAUUCUUGUCUCCCAGCUGACACAUUACAGGGUCAUAGAGAUCGGUUUCAUGAACAGUUCAAAAAACUGAAAGAGUUAUUUUAUAGAUCCAGCAAUCUACAAUAUUUCAAGCGACUGAUCCAGAUUCCACAGCUUCCGGAGAAUCCUCCGAACUUCCUGCGGGCCUCUGCUCUGUCUGAACACGUCAGCCCUGUUGUGGUGAUCCCCGUGGAGUCGACCUCCCCGGACAGUGAGCCGGUUGUGGAAACUGAUGACCUGGUUGAGAUGGAUCCAUCGUCCCAGCAGAGUUUAUUUGAUAAUAAAUUCGAUGACCUCUUUGGAAGUACUGGACCCACUGACCCUUUCAAUUUUAAUAAUCAGAAUGGAAUGUCUAAGGAUGAAAGGGAUAAGUUGAUUGAACGACUCUACAGGGAGAUUGCAGCUCUGAAGGAUGAGUUGGCGAGUUUUAAAGCAGAGAGCAAGCGCCUGAUCUCACAGCUGAGGGGACGGAUCAGUGAGCUAGAGGCUGAACUCGCCGAGCAGCAGCACCUGAAGCAGCAGGCUUUGGAUGAGAAUGAGUUUGUGAAGGCUGAACUUGAGGAGGUGAAGAAGAGGCAAGAUGACACGGAGAAAGCCCAGAGGAGCCUGACAGAGAUAGAACGAAAAGCUCAAGCUAAUGAACAAAGAUACACAAAAUUGAAGGAGAAGUACACAGAACUGGUUCAGAACCAUGCAGAUUUGCUCCGGAAGAAUGCAGAGGUCAUGAAGCAAAUGACUUUGUUUCGUCAGACGCAGGAGGACAUGGAACAGGUGAAGAAGGAGCUGGAGGAAGCUGUGCAGCAGCUGAAAGACGAUAUGCAGCAGAAAGAGCAGGAGCAGACUCACAAGUUAGAAACUCUACAGGAGGAGCUCCAAUCCAGGAAUGACGAAGUAGUGUCCUUGAAGAGCUCACACGAAGACUCUAAACAGGCAAGCACUGUAAUGGCAUCGACCAUCGAAUCGCUGACAUCAGAAAAGGUGGCACUAAGCCAGGCCGUGGAUGAGAAGGAGAGCACAUUAACCACACUGCGUGAUGAGCUGGAGCAGGUGAAGGAGGCCCUGUCAGCGGAGAAGGACAGCACUAGUCGAACGGUUGAGGGGCUGCAGAAUCAGCUGAAUGAAAAGGAGAGCCAUGAGCAAGCUCUGCAGAAGCAGCUACUUGAUGAACAGUUUGCUCUUCUGCGCUCUGCAGUUGAGGAAGCAGAGGGAAUCAUUCAGGAUGCUCUUAACAGGUUGGAGGACCCCCUUCACGUUGGCUGCACCAGUUCUGCAGAUUAUCUCAUCACAAGAGCUCAGGUUACACUGGAUUCCCUCAACAGACUACAGAAUGGACAUACAAAGUAUCUAUCUGACAAAUCAGAUGCUAGCAGCCUGCUGCAGUCAGUGACCCUCUUUACCCAUUUGAUGAGUGACACCAUUGUUCAGGGUAGUGCCACCUCCCAUAUGGUUCCAAUGGAGCAGGCUGAUAACCUGUUAGAAGCAUGUAAGCAGUGUGGCAGAGACGUACUCUCCUACUUCUCCAAUUUGAAGGACUCAACAACACUGAGCACUGCGGAUUGCACAAAAGUGAGAGAGAGUCUCAACCAGAUAAACACCAUUGCAGAGGAACUCAGGCCUAAAGGAAGAGACAUCAAACAAAAAGAGCUGGGUGAUCUCGUGGAACAGGAGAUGUCUGCCACAUCUGCAGCUGUUGAGGCAGCUACUACAAGGAUAGAGGAAAUGCUGAGCAAGUCAAGGGCAGGAGACACUGGUGUAAAGCUGGAGGUGAAUGAGAGGAUCCUUGAAUCUUGCACUGACUUGAUGCAUGCUGUCAAAAUGUUGGUUCUGACAUCGAAGGAUCUACAGAGGGACAUAGUGGAGAGUGGAAGGGGGGCAGCAUCCCAGAAAGAGUUCUACGCCAAGAACUCCAGAUGGACUGAAGGCCUCAUCUCCGCAUCAAAAGCUGUUGGCUGGGGAGCUACUGUAUUGGUGGAUGCUGCAGACAUGGUUGUCCAGGGAAAGGGGAAGUUUGAGGAGUUAAUGGUGUGUUCCCAUGAGAUUGCAGCCAGUACAGCACAACUGGUCGCUGCCUCCAAGGUGAAAGCAGAUAAAGACAACUGUAAUCUCGGAAGGCUGCGGGAAGCGUCCAAGGGAGUAAAUGAGGCCACGGCCAAAGUAGUGGCUUCCACCAAAUCGGGGAAGUCCCAGAUUGAGGAUAAAGAUACAAUGGAUUUCUCCAGCAUGACACUUACACAAAUCAAGCGACAAGAAAUGGACUCACAGGUUCGUGUUUUAGAACUGGAAAGUCAACUACAGAAAGAGAGGCAGCGCCUGGGAGGACUGCGUAAAAAGCAUUACGAGCUGGCAGGAGUCUCUGAGGGCUGGGAUGAAGAUACCAAAUAGGUGCAGAGUGGAGAAUAUGAAGCGGAGAUUGUGACAAUUUAUCCUCCAAUCAAAGACUGAAUGAACAUUGAAACUCUGAGCACACAAAACCCACUCCAUUCUCUCCAUCUUCGAGAGGAUACAUGCAGUAACCGCAAGCCUUGGCCAGAACGGUCCUACACUUCUGUAUCAGUGUUUUCCAGUUGUAUUCCAGGAUUCUAUCACUAUUGACAUGAUGCUGUUAUGUUCCUUUAUUUAUUAUAUGUAUAUUUUUACCUUUUGUUUUUGCACACCAGUGGUAAGUAUUAUGCUAGUCUUUGCAUUACAAUACCUGCAGGAAAUCGUGGUUUAACUAUUUAUACCCCCCUUUGCUGGCACAUAUCGGUAACCUGCCAGCAAAACUUGACAGUUUGGUAACAUUUCAAGUGACUUGCUUUUCCGUCUAUUCAAAAUUAAGUUGACUGGUGAGCUUGCUGUGUGGUUAGGCUGUACAGACCAGAACAUCCCAGGUUUGUCUUCUUUUCAUUGGCUAAUCUAGCCCAAGGCAGCAAUCGGGACAACAGUUACUGUAAAUCCAACAGUUUAAGGAAGAUGUGAAAAGAGUGCCAAUGUUUUUAUUGUUGUGUAAUCCAUUAAUUAAUGGAUAAGAAGUGUGUAAUGCUGUCCCUCAUUUAGUGACUUAUUGUCCAGGCUGACUGAAAUGCUCUUUGAUUUGCGUUCUUGGAGGAUGGACAGCACAGUUUGGAACUGUGGCACUAUACCGAUACUCUCAGGAAAGGUAGCGAGAGAAUAAGUCGUUUGACUGUCUUUCUUGUACAAAGGACUUGACUCCCCAGCAGGUGCCCACCACAAUUUGUUCAGCUUCACAGCCCAGAGGCAGCUUUUUAUUAUGCCUAUGUGGGAUGUGGACAUCGCAGGAAAUGCUACCGUUUACUGCCCAUCUAUAAUUGUCCUCGAGAAAGUGGUGAGGAGCUGCUUUCCUUAACUGCAUAAUUCACACAAUGAUAGUACUUGCAGACAGCUAUUUGGUGGCAAGUCCCAGAAUUUUGAUCCAACGAUGAUGAAAUGGAAGUAUGGUCUGAAUGGUGUGCAACUUGCAGGGAACUUGUAUGUGGCAGGGUUCCCUUGUCCCUACUGCCUUUGCCAUUGUGGUCUGCUCCCUGUUCUUUGUUAUCUUGUGGCAUGGCAUUUUACAACACGAUACAGCUUGGUCAUUGCUGGUGUUUAUACUCCAUUUACUCAACCUUACCCUAUCAAGAUGCUGAUGGAGACACAAAACUGCAGACACUGGAAUAUGCAGCAGAAAACAAAUUGCUGGAAGAACUCAGCAGAUCAGGCAGCAUCUGACGCUGCCUGACACACUGAGUUCUUCUAGCAGUUUGUUUCUUGCUGCUAUCAAAAUGCUCUUGUUUUCUCUCCCAUAUACUUGCCAGCUUCCCAUUGUAACAUCACUGGCUGAAGCACAUGCCUUCUUUGCUUUUUCUUUUCCCAGUACAUCCCACAGCCAUCCCCCCGACUUCCUUAUCCCCUUCUGCUCCAUGCAUGGUAGAACUUGCUGCAGCAGCAACCAUCUCAGAGGAUCAAGCUACCUUUCUGUCUUGUUACGCGUAAAGGAGCAGUAUAGACUUGCCGUGUCCACUUUUCAGCUCUAGGAAGAGAGGGAAAAGCAAAGUUUCAUGUUAGAUUACAGUUCAGCAACUGCAAUUCAAUUGAAUAACGUCACUUUUGAAAAACAGUGCUGGCAAAGGGGUUCAUUGGUUAAGAGCAGAGAGAGAAAAUGCUUGGAUUUGUAACUACUUGGGAAAAAGUAUGAUUUUUAACAAUUUAUUUAAAAUGAAUUUAGUUUACUCUUGACAAAUCUGCUAAUGUAUCUCAAAGUAUGUUAAUUAUUACUUUCUCUGAAAAUGCUGGAAUUUCUAAUCCCCUUCAUAGCUUAACUUAUAAACUUUUUUUUAGCAGGGAAGUUUAACUUGACUUGUCUUUUGCAGUUGAACAUUGGUUGUGAGUCCCCACCCGCAAUGAUCCAUGGAUGAUGUCUACUGAGAAUGUUCCCCCUUUCAUUGCAAACUGUGACUGAUCUUUUGCAGGGAUUUGAUUGCUGUGGCAUUAUUCUCUAACUCUGAGCACACUUACAGAAACAAUACUCUGCACCCAUGCUCUUGUAAUGAAUUUGUUCCAACUUUGUACACGCUCGACUUUAUACUUUUUAAUAUUUGUUUUAAAUCAUAAAA